UCGAGCGGUUGUUGUCCAACCGGCUUCCGAGUUCGCAUCAGUGCUUUGUUUGCUCGCAAAGUGUUUUGUUCAAUCAGUGUUCUAUCCAAACCGCGUUUUAUCGUUAUUUUUUGGUGAAUAAACAGUGAACGAAUAAUUCCGAGAUGAGUUUCCACCAGGGUCGUGGCGGUAAUCGGCGCGGUGGCAAUUUCCACAAGGGUGGAGCCAGUGGCGGUCGUCACGGUGGUGGUGGCGGAAGACGCGGCGGUGGAAAAGAUUCGGAUGUACCGGUCGACGAGAACAAUCCGGUUGUGCAGUGCUUCCGGGAGUACGCCCGGGAACUGGACGCCAAGCACGAUCGGUACGAGCGCAUCGUCAAGUGCAGCCGGGACAUCACCAUCGAGAGCAAGCGGAUCAUCUUCCUGCUGCACACGGUCGAUUCCAAGAAAAACAACCAAUCGAAAGUGUGCGCGGAGGCCAAGAAUCGUCUGCAGCAGCUGUGCCGCACCCACUUUGCAACGAUUGCCAAGGAGCUGCACGGCCAAGACCCGUACCAAUUUCUGCGCGCCUACACGGCCGGUUUGCAGGAGUUCAUCGAGGCGUAUACCUUCUUCGAGUACGUCAGCGCCUCGAACAUUUCCCACUGGAACGCGAUCCAGGACCAGCUGAGGUACAAGGUCAAGCCGCACGAGGACAACGACAAGAAACCGGCCAAAGAAGAACAAGAGGAGGCCGAACCGGAGGAAAUCGACAUGAUCUGUCCCUUGCCACCGAUGGAAUUUGCUCUGGGGGUGGGCGAUCUAGCCGGAGAAGUGAUGCGGAAAUGCAUUAAUUCGCUUGGUUCGGGUGACGUGGAAAGCUGCUUCGACCAUUGUCGGUUCCUGCAGGAACUGUACAGGGGAUUCAUCUCGGUCGUCAAUGCCAAGAAUCGGGAAUUUUCGCAGAAACUUUCAACAUUGCGCCAAAGUUUGCUGAAGAGCGAGACCGUUUGCUACAAUGUGAAGGUUCGGGGUGGCGAGGCAGCCAAAUGGGGCAGCACCGACGAUGCCGGAUUCAUCGGCAUGGCCAAGGACCACGCCGAUGAGGACGAAGGAGUUUUCUUUUAAUACAGGUAAAUACGAGUUGAUUGCAUUUGAACACCUUUUUUUGUCUUUUACGGCGUCAUACAUGAAUUGGAAUAAAUUCCGUGAAAUUAACACGAUUAUUAAACGAAAAA